UUGUCAGUCAGACACACGAUCAUCUUUAACACAUCGACACCCAGCAUCAUGAUGUACAGGGCCGUCAGUGUUUACUGGAUCUCUGUUCUCCUGGUGCCCAGUGUGGCUCAGCAGAUGCCAGCUCGUGUAGUUAAUGGCACAGCAGACGCAGGACGUCUAGAGAUAUUGUACGAUGGAACUUGGGGCACAGUGUGUGACGAUGGAUUUGGACAGGCAGAGGCCUUGGUAGCCUGCAGGAUGCUAGGAUAUAACAGCACAACAGCAGUAGCCGUGGGGUCAGACAAGUACGGAGUAGGCUCUGGUCCUAUUCUGCUCGAUGACCUGCAGUGUGAGGGGAACGAAACCAGCCUGGCGCAGUGUAAGCAUCCAAGGUUUUACACACACGACUGUCAACACUCGGAGGAUGUCGGCGUCGCAUGCAACAUUAUUUCAGCUCAGCAGAUGUCAGCUCGUGUAGUUGGUGGCACAGCAGACGCAGGACGUCUAGAGAUAUUGUACAAUGGAACUUGGAGCACAGUGUGUGGCAUUAUGUUUCGACAGGAAGAGGCCUUGGUAGCCUGCAGGAUGCUAGGAUUUAACAGCACAACAGCAGUAGCUGUGGGGUCAGACAAGUACGGAGCAGGCUCAGGUCCUAUUCUGUUCAGUGACCUGCAGUGUGAGGGGAACGAAACCAGCCUGGCGCAGUGUCCACACCGAGGAGUCUACAUACACGACUGUACACACUGGCAUGAUGUCGGCGUCAUGUGCAACUUUCCUCAACAGAUGUCAGCUCGUGUAGUUGGUGGCACAGCAGCCGCAGGACGUCUAGAGAUAUUGUACGAUGGAACUUGGAGCACAGUGUGUGGCUAUAAAUUUGGACAGAGAGAGGCCUUGGUAGCCUGCAGGAUGCUGGGAUUUAAUAGCACAACAGCAGUAGCCGUGGGGUCAGUCAAGUACGGAGAAGGCUCUGGUCUUAUUCUGUUCGAUUUGCUGCAGUGUGUGGGGAACGAAACCAGCCUGGCGCAGUGUAAACACUGGGGGCUCUACAAACAAUACUGUCACCAUUUGUGGGAUGUCGGCGUGAUGUGCAACAACACCCAGCAGAUGUCAGCUCGUGUAGUUGGUGGCACAGCAGACGCAGGACGUCUAGAAAUAUUGUACGAUGGAACUUGGAGCACAGUGUGUGGCAAUAGGUUUGGACAGAGAGAGGCCUUGGUAGCCUGCAGGAUGCUAGGAUUCUACAGCACAACAGCAGUAGCCGUGGGUUCAGCAAAGUACGGAGCAGGCUCUGGUCCUAUUCUGUUCGAUGUCUUGCAAUGUGUGGGGAACGAAACCAGCCUGGAGCAGUGUCAACACUCGGGUUUCUACAAACAAUACUUUGGACACUCGUAUGAUGUCGGCGUCAUGUGCAAUAUUACUGACCAAAUGACAGCACGUCUGGCUGGCGGCACUUCACAGGCAGGACGUCUAGAGAUAUUUUUCAACGGGGAAUGGAGCACAGUGUGUAACAAGCAAUUUGGACAGGAAGAGGCUGAGGUAGCUUGCAGGAUGAUGGGAUUCAAAAGUGGUGGAGCAGCAGCUGUCAGCCCCAGUAGAUAUGGACAAGGUUCGGGUCACAUUCUGCUUAACAACGUGACCUGCCAGGGAACAGAAACCAGUCUAGAACAAUGUUGGCAUGACCCCCUGUACACCAGCUACUGUGAUCACUCGCAGGACGUUGGCGUCGUCUGUAACAUCACUGACCAGAUGACAGCACAUCUGGCUAACGGCACUUCACAGGCAGGACGUCUAGAGAUAUUUUUCAACGGAGAAUGGAGCACAGUGUGUAACAAGCAGUUUGGACAGGAAGAGGCUGAGGUAGCUUGCAGGAUGCUAGGAUUCAAAAGUGGUGGAGCAGCAGCUGUCAGCCCUCGUUUAUAUGGACAAGUUUCAGGUCACAUUCUGCUUAACAACGUGGUCUGCCAGGGAACAGAAACCAGUCUAACACAAUGCCAGCAUAGUGGCCUGUACACCAACGCGUGUAACCACUCAAGAGACGUUGGCGUCGUCUGUAACAUCACCAACAAUAUGUCUGCGCGGUUGGUUCACGGUACAUCUGCGGCGGGGCGACUUGAGAUCUUGUUUAACCAGGAAUGGACUACAGUGUGUGACAGAGGAUUUGGACAGGAAGAGGCGCAGGUAGCCUGCAGGAUGCUAGGAUUCAACAGUACUGGAGCAGCAGCUGUGAGUUCUGUUGUUUAUGGAGCAGGGUCAGGCCACAUUUUUCUCGAUGAGCUGAACUGCAAAGGAACAGAAACUAAUCUUGAAAUCUGCUCUAACAGCAUGUUUUAUUUAAACUCUUGUAAGCAUUCGAAUGAUGUUGGUAUCGUCUGUGACAUAGAGCUACGUCUGACGGGCACUAGUCGCACCAGACAAGACCUGGGCCUUGUAGAAAUGAAGACCGGGAGCACGUGGCAAGCUGUUUGCGUGUCUGACGUCACGACGGCGACAGUAGCGUGCAGACAACUCCGUCUACCCACAGGGGCAGCCGUUCACACAGGGGCAUUGUUAUAUGAAGCUAGGAAAAUCCCAGUCCUAGAGGUAUCUUUUACCUGUGAGGGCCAUGAGAACAAUCUUUUCCAUUGCGGCCAGAAUGUAGACGGCUACAAGAGUGAGUGUGACGACAGUGACGUGGGAGUCUUUUGCACCGACAUCCCUUCUGUUUAUAUCGUGUCUGCAAAUGAUUCGUAUCCGCUGAUGGCUGGAAACAAAUCAACUCUCAGGUGUUUGACCCCAAACAGUUACACAAUAGCAGAAAAGCCCGUUUGGUCAGAAACAGCAGGUGGUCGUCCUGAUGGAGAUCUUCUUAUCUUUGAACCUCUGACCAGGACACACAAUAUGAGACGAGUGACAUGCAACUUAACGUCUGUCAAAAAUAUAUCUGGUGAUAGCCUCGUACUAAAUGUUUAUUAUGAGCCGGUCAUCAGAAUAUCACCAAUGAGUAAUGUGAAUACCACAAGGACUGAAAACCUAGUCCUCUAUGAGAUCACUCAGGGACAGGAUGUCAUAUUUGUUUGUAAAGCUGACAGCAACCCACCUUCUGCUUCCAUUACUUGGCGAGGAAUAGUAAGCAGUGAUACCGGGGAACUAAGUAUUACAGCAGCAGACAACAGACACAGUGGUACCUACACCUGUACUGUGACUACUGAAACAGUUGAUGGUGAUGACCGUCUCCCACUGAAGUCAUCUCACCGGUUGAUUAUAAAUGUUAAAGGUUUUAUUCAUCAUCUGUCACUAUUAUUAAUGCUAUUACAUAUUGAAAGGGAAAGUAAAUAUCAAAUUAAAAUCAAAUGGAAGAUGCUGAUGUUCUAAAUCAUUCUUGUUCAUAAUUUCAUGUUAAACAGCAGCUUACGUACACUGUGUAGAUUAAGCACAUUUUUUGUAUAUACAGUAUAAUAUACAGUAAUUGCUCAUGAUAAGCACAGCAGCUGCGAGUGAAGCGAUCACCAAAAUGAAAUAAUAGUAAGUCUCAAUGCAAAAGCGCAAAAGUAUCAAUUUAGUAAGAAUCUAAAUAAAAGUUAUAGCACUAAGGGGUUCAAAACUACGAUGCUUUAUGGAAGUCAUUCUGUUGUGUGCUUACACUUUCUUUUAAAAAAAGACUCGUUCGCCGGAUAGCAAUUUUUAAGUAAGCCAAAAUUUUGAACAGAAAAAAUUAGACAUCAGUGUCUAUCAUUUAAAUUUAAUAUUUGUUCUUAGCCUUUCAGCCACUAUCUUGCUUUUCACAUCCAUUUUUCAAACACAAACAUCACAGCUUGACCACCAAAACUCGUAGAGCCAAGCGCAGCGCGUGUCGUGUCUACAGUGACUGAUGUGAUUUUCUUUCAAUCAUUUUGGAUUGUCCCAACUUCCAGAAAGCAGUCAGAUGUCAGAGGUAAGAAAAUAAAACUAAACUAAAGACUUGUUCUGGAGACUGUGCAUGAGGUGUAGAACAAUUUGAAAGAAACUAGUAGCAGUUAGCGAUUUUGUUGUAGCUCUUUACUUUUGUGUAUCUUAAUGAAUGUUUCCACUUGUUGUCAACGCAUUGAAGAAUGUACAAAAGAGUUUAAUAAUGUUGUGCAUAAAAUAACACAUAUAUGAACUAAUAAUAUUGUUGUUUAAGCAGGUUUCGAAGUUUUUUGUGUUUAAUUGGAUCUGCGCAUAAUGUGUCUCAUUGUAUCUACAACAGUUUCCGCACCACACCUAGAUUUCUCCAAUAGGUAAGGACUGUCUACCAACCACACCAUCAGCCUAAAGGCAAACGAUUGGUCAUAUGAGGCCAAGAAUCUGCUGUGUUAAGGAAAAGUCUUCAGUGGAGAUGAUAUUUGCUUGGAGGAAAGAUUUAUUCUGCGGUAUUUCUUCAUUGAGGGGUUUGUGUUGCUGCGUAUGUAAGUAUGUUGUUCUUAUUAUUAUUCGUGUAAAUAUUCAUAAAGAAGACAAACAUGUUUCGUGUCUUCUGUUUACCUAAAAUCCAAUGAUUCCAUAAACCGGUAGUGGUGAAAUAUUUCUCUGCAUGAGUUAAGUCGUUGAUGUAAUGUCUUUUAUCAUUGACACAUCAAUAAUAAUGCCAAUACUGUUCGCGAAUUCAACUUUUUUUCUGAAACGUUAAUCUUUCGUUGUUUUCUUUUUCUUUUUUUCUUGUUUUUUUCUUUUUUUAGCGUGCCAUGCACAUUUCGUGUUUGUUCUCCUGCCCAGUUUAUUUUGUCAUUUGCGGCUAACAGCAAAACAAAAUUGACUACACAGCCUUUAAUCUAAAAUAAAAAGAAAGGAAGAGCAGAAACGUCCAUCGCGAUGGUCCAUCCUCUAAUCAUCGUUGAUAACCUUAGAAAAAAAGGUGAAAGUAAUCAUUAAACUACGAUUAUUUAAAACUGAGUUGUGCUGAUAGUUAAUUUAUGCUUUAAGAGAAAGUACAACAUUAUUAAAAACAUUAAAUGUAUAGGCUGACCGACUGUCUCCAAAUGCGUUUUUAAAGUCAUCUGCUCGUCUUUGUUUUAAUUAGAAGACCAAAUCAACAGCUUUCUUGUUUCGUCGGUAUUGACACAUUUACUGGUUUGCGAAGAAAAGAGAAAUAAUAAUUAUUUGAUUUUCUGUUUGUUAAAAACAACAGUUUCCAAUUUUGCAAAUAUACGUUUAAAUGAUUAGCGUGUAAAACAUAAUUGAUCAGACCCGUUGAACAUUUUAAAAUUUUAUUUGAACGCUGGGCUGUUAACUGAAGGCUUAUCUCCCUUCAGCAGAUGAUAAUGUGUUAACUCUUACAGGCUAAUUUACUUUUUUAGACGAUGGCUAAUGAGAUAAAGAACCAACCUACGAAAUCUUACUAAGCUGUAAGAUAAUUACUCUUCUGUACUUCCUGCUGUCCUACUAAUAGUAAGGUCUUAGUGUUCAUUAGCAUAUGCUCUUUACAUCAGACUGCAUCUUCAAUUAACACAAAUGACCCUCCCCAACAACAAAUCACUAACAAUCUUUCCAAAUCUGAUCAGCCAUCUUGCUAGCAUUCUUUUGGAACAGUUCUUUUUACCUGUAUUCGAUGUUUUUAUAACUCAUAUUCUACUCCGUCUCUGUGACACCCACCUGUCAUAUUUACAGUACACAGCUUAGCGUGUUAUUUCCGAACAUCGAGAAACAAACUUAAGACCUUAUACUAUUUUUUUUUCAAAAUUAAACAACCAAAGAUUAACAUUAACUGACUCAUGGACAGUAUAAGGUACAUUGCUUAAAUUUUCUAGAUUUCUAGGUGGUCGCAAGAAAAAAGUUGUACACAGUGAUGGACAAGUAGCAAAAAAAUCACUAAAUUUUAUCAUACAUAGAAAAAUAAAAAGAAAGAAAAUAAGGCAUCAUGUUAAAAUACAUAAAACACGAAGAUUUAUUUUUUAAUUACAUGCCGCGCUCUUUUGUAAUAUUAGAGCAGUGGUUCUCAAAGUAUUUCGGACCGCGGACCACUUUACUUAAGUAAGAAAUAUGGCGGACCACCAAGGCCUAAAAAUCAGUCUGUACUAUGAAUUUCAAAUUUAA